CUAAUAAAACUGGAGGAAAAUAUAAGAAACCCCACCCCCUGGUGCCCACUCCAGGUCGAUCACUUGAACCUGAGUGGGUUUUUAGAAGGGGAAGGAGGAGGAGGAAGAGGAGAGAAGGAUCAGUAAAUGGGUCACCACUGCUGCACCAAGCAGAAGGUGAAGAGAGGGUUGUGGUCUCCCGAAGAAGAUGAGAAGCUCGCGCGCUUCAUCACCACUCACGGCCACGGCAGCUGGAGUUCUGUCCCUAAACUAGCAGGGUUGCAGAGAUGUGGGAAGAGCUGCAGAUUGAGGUGGAUAAACUACCUGAGGCCUGACCUGAAAAGGGGUUCCUUCUCUGCCCAGGAAGAGAGGACCAUCAUCGACGUGCACCGAAUUCUUGGCAACAGGUGGUCUCAGAUAGCCAAGCACUUGCCCGGUCGGACCGACAAUGAGGUCAAGAACUUUUGGAACUCCUGCAUAAAGAAGAAGCUCCUCGCUCAGGGCCUUGACCCCAACACCCACAACCUCCUCUCCACCACCUCGUCCCUCAAAAACAACAAUGGAGGCAACGUCAAUUCCUCAUCGUCCAUGUUCCACAUGAGCACUGACUCAAGCACUAGCAAUUGUUCCAUGGAUUUGAAGAUACCCUUUGUCACAUUGCCUUCUGUUCCUUGUCCUGAUCAGGCCACCAAUCCUAUUUGCACUGGCCUGUUUCCCCCAAUAUUGCAUGCAACUUCGUCCAGCUCAAACUUAGUGUCAUUUGAAUACCACCAACAAAACCCUAGUGCUUCUUCUCCGCAUGGGUUGAUGGAUUUAGCAGCUGCAGGCAGGUCGCCAUCAUCUUUCUCUUCUCUGUUGAACUCGUUUUCUUCCGGGUUAGCGGGUAAUGGGGAGGAGAGUAGCCUCUGGGAUUGUGGCCUCGAGGCUAAUGCUGUCUUGGCAGCGCCUAGGCACGAAGACACCUCGCAAGUGCAGAUGCAGCAACAGCCUCCAGGACUCAAGCAGGCCAAUGAGAAGAACGGAAAAUUAGGGGUGGAAAGCGACAACUGCGAUUUCAUGAGUACCGAUGCGAUGGAUUCUAGCUUUGAUUUUGAUUUCGUGGAAAGAUCGUCGGCGGGACUGGCUGCAGGUGGAAUGUAUUAUAAUUUGAGUCCCAUAGACCAACUUGCAUGGAAUUGCUAGGGGUCACUUCUUGAACCCUUGUAUAUUUUGUUUGAAUCAUAUCCAUUCUUUCUAGAAUUUGUUAUAUUGAGAUAUUGUUUGGCUCA